GGUGUGUAUUUUAUGAAGCCUUUAAAGACUUUUUACAGCACUGAGACUGGAAUCUUCCAGGCUGACACCAUUUUCCUUAAUGGAAUGACAGAACUGCAGAUCUUCAGCUAAACUUUGGCUUACCCUACUGUCAGUUGUGUUGGUGUAAAUCUGUUCAACCGCUUAGCUCCCAAAAGUUGAAGCAGUUGUAACAAGGAGAACUUAAUUCAGUGUGGCAGAGAUCGUAUCCCUUCAGGGGAGUGAAAUGGCUUGAGGAUUUGAAUUUCAGUAGUGAAAAAUCUCAGGGGAAGCGAGACAAGCAUCUAUUUGAAUUCUUGAUGAAAACACUUGGUGAAAGCCCAUUUGUUCCAGUAGGCCAACAGGGUUUGAAAUCUGAGCAUGGCAGACAUCGACAACAAAGAACAGUCUGAACUUGAUCAACAAGAUAUGGAAGAUGUUGAAGAAGUAGAAGAGGAGGAAACUGGUGAAGAUGCCAACAGCAAAGCUCGGCAGUUGACUGUGCAGAUGAUGCAAAAUCCUCAGAUUCUUGCAGCUCUUCAGGAAAGGCUUGAUGGUCUGGUAGGAACAUCUACAGGAUAUAUAGAAAGCUUGCCUAAGGUUGUUAAAAGACGUGUGAAUGCUCUCAAGAAUCUUCAAGUUCAGUGUGCACAGAUAGAAGCAAAGUUCUACGAGGAAGUUCACGAGCUGGAAAGAAAAUAUGCUGCUCUCUAUCAGCCCUUAUUUGACAAGCGGAGUGAAAUCAUCAAUGCAAUCUAUGAACCUACAGAGGAAGAAUGUGAAUGGAAAGCAGAUGUUGAAGAAGAAAUUUCAGAGGAAAUGAAAGAGAAGGCCAAGCUUGAAGAAGAAAAAAAAGAUGAAGAAAAAGAAGACCCUAAAGGAAUUCCUGAAUUUUGGCUGACGGUAUUCAAGAACGUGGACUUGCUCAGUGAUAUGGUUCAGGAGCAUGAUGAACCUAUCCUGAAACACUUAAAAGAUAUAAAAGUGAAAUUUUCAGAAGUUGGACAGCCUAUGAGCUUCACAUUAGAAUUUCACUUUGAACCAAAUGACUAUUUCACAAAUGAAGUGUUGACAAAGACAUAUAGAAUGAGGUCAGAGCCAGAUGAUUCUGAUCCCUUCUCCUUUGAUGGACCAGAAAUCAUGGGAUGUACCGGCUGCCAAAUAGACUGGAAAAAAGGAAAAAAUGUUACUUUGAAAACCAUUAAGAAGAAGCAGAAGCACAAGGGUCGUGGAACAGUUAGAACAGUGACAAAAACUGUUUCAAAUGAUUCCUUCUUCAACUUCUUUAGUCCCCCUGAAGUUCCUGAAAGUGGAGACCUGGAUGAUGAUGCUGAGGCAAUCCUUGCUGCAGACUUUGAAAUAGGUCAUUUCUUACGUGAACGUAUAGUCCCCCGAUCAGUAUUGUACUUCACAGGAGAAGCUAUUGAAGAUGAUGAUGAUGAUUAUGAUGAAGAAGGUGAAGAGGCAGAUGAUGAGGAGGGGGAAGAAGAAGCAGAUGAAGAAAACGAUCCUGAUUAUGACCCAAAACAGAAGGAUCAAAACCCAGCAGAAUGCAAGCAGCAGUGAAGCAGUGUGUAUGUGGCCUUGAGGAUUACCUGCACUGUAAUAGCCUAAACACAACUAUUAGUUACUUACAGCCUUAUGUUUUGUAUCUUGGUAGAAUUAAGUAACCAAUUUGUUAAAAAAAAAAAUAAAAUCAAAAGCAUAAGAACCAGUUUAAAAUGUAGGUUCAAUCUACCUAGCAUUUUAACAGUAUAAUUUUCUGCCAAUAUGUAGAAUGCAGUAAAUCCCCUAAAGCAUGAAUGUUAAUUCAUUGCUACAUAGUUUGGUUCUUGUGAAGUCUUUGUCAUGUAGCUAUUAGACUGCAGCUGUGAAGAUUAUCAGAACUGUUAACCGAGACCAAUAUUUGUUUAGAGAAAACUCUCCUGAAGAACCAACCAAAGUAUUUUUCAGCCCAGUAGUCUGAACGGGUUUAAGUCUGCUUGCACUAGCUGUGCCUUCAUUACUUUGUUAUAGAAAUGGCAGUGACUUGUACUAACUAGGAGAUGAUGAUGCAUUUUGAAUUUGACUACUUGAGAAGAUUAGUAUGACUUGUUUAAUUUCCAGCGAGACCACAUUAAACAUUCAUAACUGUCAGCUUGUUUAUGCUAUGGGUUUUGUAUUUUAUGUGACAUAGUGAUCUACAAAAGAAACCUAGUCCUCAUAUUAAGGUUAUUGUUUACCACUGGGGUGUGAAUAAAACCUAGUAUUUUCA